AUGGCCCUCACAUCAGAUCUGAGGGUCUGUCAAGUGUGCAAGGAGGAGCAGCACAAAUAUGUUUGCCCGAAGUGCAAACUUCUUUACUGCUCGCUUACCUGCUACAAGCAACACAACUCUGCAUGCGUAUCUGCCUUCCAUGAAGAAGGGUUUGCUGCUGCAGCAGCAGCAGCAAACCCUACGCUGCAUGAGCAGCGGGACUUUACCAAGAAGCUAACUCGCUUCUAUAGGCAGCAGCAGGAGCAGCAGCAGCAGCAGGAGGAAGAGGAAGAGGAGGAAGAGGAAGAGGAGGAAGAGGAGGAGGAGGAUGACGAUGAGGAUGAGCAGCAGCAGCAGCAGCAGCAGCAGCAGCAGCAAAACCCUAAUAAUGAGCAACAUAAGGAAGCUUAUGAGGGUUUAGGGUUUGGAUCUAGUGAUGAGGAGGAUGAAGAUGAUACAUCAGCACAGCAGCAGCAGCAGCAAAUAGGGUUUGAGCAACAAGGGUUCGGGGUCGAGCUACCUACUAUAGAUUCCCCUCAACAUAUUUGCUGCCGACCAACUCGCCCAGACCCGCGGCUGGCGAUGACGGUUAUGCAAAUGUUGUUCGCGUACGCACACUACAUGCGAACUGUUAAUGGGGCAUACGAUGAAGCAGAAGUUGAAGAAGUUGCGGGGCAUUUCUUAGCCAUUGCUCGGGGUUUGGAGUCGCGAGAUCCUCCUCCUUCCUCAGCUAUCGCUGCUGUUGAUCAGGUCUUAGAAUGGUCUGCCCAGCCACCACUUGGAUGCGUGGACGCCUCUUUUGCGGAGGUUUGCCUCUCUGAUGUUUUGCGUCUAUUUGCUGCUCGUGAUUUUAUAAUAAAAGCAGCAGCAGAUGCUGCUGCACUUAUGCAGCAAUUUAAGACCCUUAUGCUGCAGCAGCAGCAGCAGCAACAGGAAAAACAACAACAACAGCAGCAGCAGCAGCAGAAGGAGGAGAAGCAGCAGCAGCAGAAGGAAGCAGAUGGCGUUAAGACGCCAACUGCCAAACAAUUGGCGAAAUUGAUUAUAAAGGCAGAAUUAGUGUUACGUAAAUUAGGGUUUAUACAAUCUGCUGCUUAUUAUCAUUGGGGGGAGCAGCAGCAGCAGCGGCAGCAACUGCAGCAAGCAGUGCAACAGAGACGCGGCAUGCUGCAGCAACUGCAGCAAAUAAAAAAGAAAAGGGAAGAAGCAAAAGCGGCAGCUCGUACACUGGAUGCAUGCGGCAGCAGCUCUCUUGCUGCUCGCAAGCUUGCUAGCUCUCCUAUUGUGCUGCCCAGCAGCAGCAGCAGCAGCAGCAGCAGCAGCAGCAGCAGCAGUUGCUGCAAAGUGGAAGAAAAUUUCAAGAGAGAGGCAGAGUAA